CCCCCAUCCCCCAAAUUUCCGGCACAGAUUUACGCCUCUGAUCGGCACCCACUGCCCUGCAGCUUCAGUUAGGACACCACCUCAGCACUAACAGCUGUUGAAAUCCACGGGUUAGCUCGGCGUCGCAGGAGUAGCCUCACUUAGCAUUACUUGUCGCGUCGCUUUAUAGUGGAUGUAGACUGUGAGCGUUGGCAAUGGAAGAUACUCUUACUGGUGUGACAGCUAGUGGCUGGAGUCGAUGGCCAGCGGGUGGGCGAUCAGCUCUGAUCGGACUCUUCGUAUUCCUCCUUACCGUGUUUCUGAUGCUGAAGCUCCGCCGGCCCAGGAACCUGCCUCCCGGUCCCUGGGGUUGGCCCAUCCUGGGCUACCUGCCGCAGAUCUUGUGGAGGGUUGCCGUCGACAAGAAGGUCGCCCACGAGUUUCUGUCUGAGCUGUCAGGAAGGUACGGGGAUAUACUGAGUUUCCACAUAGCCGGGAAGCUACUUGUAGUGAUCAGCAAGAGCGCCACCAUGCGGGAAGCAUUCGGGCAGCACCAACUUAGCAACAGGCCGGAGUUCCACGUCACCAACAACAGGUUCCCCGGAUUAGGUGUUUUCGCUGCCUCUGGCCAAUUGUGGGUGGAGCUGCGGAGGUUCUCCUUGACUGCCUUGAGAGGACUGGGCGUGGGGAAGUCAAACUUUGAAGAGAACAUAUCUACGGAGGCAAAACACCUCACCGAUUGGCUGAUGGAGGACAAGGGGGCUCCAAUCGACCCCACGCACCCACUCGGUAACGCACUGUCCAACGUCGUCUGUACCGUGGUCUUCGGCAAGAGAUUCGAGUACAGCGAUGCCGCGUUCAAGAAGCUCCUAAAGUACACGGCAAACCUCAUGCACCACGGGGGAGCGGGUUUCUUCGUGGAGGCCAUGCCCGCGGUACUCACUAAGCUCCAACCUUUUGCCUUCAUAAGGUUCUACGUCCAGGCCGUCGACAACUUCUUUAACCACUUUGGGCUCUUGAUCAAAGAGCACCAGGAGGCGUACGAUCCGGUGCAGCCCAGAGACUUCAUCGACGAGUUUCUCAAAGCUUGUGAGGCGAAAGAGAAGCAAGGGUUGGCGGCUGUGGGGCUCCGGCCUAUCAACCUACUCCGCUCGGUGGCGGACCUGUUCAUUGGCGGCACCGAGACCUCGGCUACCACCUUGCGAUGGGGUUUGCUUUACAUGAUGGGCUACCCCGAGAUACAGUCUCGCAUCCAGCAGGAGUUGGAUGCAGUGACCGGCCGCAAUCGACUGCCGGCCCUGUCAGACAAGGCCAAUCUGCCCUACACCGAGGCGACUAUCUGCGAGAUUCAGCGAAUAACCACCAUCCUACCGCUGUCGGCGCCUCAUUACUGCGCAGAGAAUACCACGGUCCAUGGGUAUGACAUUCCCAAAGGUUCGUAUGUCAUGGCCAAUCUCUGGCAUAGCCAUUUCGACCCGUCUGUCUGGGACGAUCCGAGGGAGUUCCGCCCUGAGCGAUUUCUCGACACUGACGGCAAGCUCCGUCUCCGGGAAGAAUUCAUCCCGUUCGGAAAUGGCCGCCGAGUGUGUCUUGGGGAGAACCUCGCUAAAAUGGAGCUCUUCAUCUUCUUCAGCCACCUUCUGCAUCACUUUACCUUUAAGAAGCCCUCAAAUUCUCCUCCUUUGUCAUUCAGGGGCGUUCUGGGAGUGACCUGGGCACCUAUGCCCUAUACCUUGUGCGCUGUCCCACGGGAAUAAACCGGGAGAAUUAGUCUUCAUUGAAGUUGCUGCUUCUUUCACUGCAAGCAUUUCUUCUUAGUCUCAGUCUCGUGCAGUUGCAAAAUAAGUUUUAGUUUUGUUGAACUGUUCCAGCAACAAACAAUAAUACAUGUAACAACAACCAGCAUUUAAAACGCUCUUCUUAGUUACUAAAUCACAGCGCUUACAAGAAAUACACAAUCGAAUUGUUACACGAACUUAAGCAAUGCACUAAUAAAGUUGACAUAAUAGCCUAAUAUCAUUAUCGUUAUUCGUGGAACGGGUAGGUUUGAUUAUGCCUGAUGAAUUUUCUUAUUUUUGAAAUAUUGCGAAGGUGAAACAGGACAUUGAAUAAUUUAGGACUGUGAGAUGACAUCAACCUAUUACAAUUGACAUAUACACCACGAUCCUUGUCAAAUACUGAUAGUUUGACAGUUGCAUGACCUACUUUAAGUAAUUUCUGGAAGUCUGUUACGAUUAGAAGGUGAAUCUAUUACGAGAAAAUCAGUUUCGUCUUCGUUCACUUUUAGGUUGUCACAAUUCAUCAAAGAUUUGGUAUGGAAAAAAAAAGGCCAGGCAUCUACUCAAAGUUUCAAGGGCGCGGAUUAAUAAUUAUUGAAGAUUUGGAAUCAAACAAAAUAUACAGUUGAAUGUCAUCAGCAUAAAAUGAUAUGACACACCAUGAUAACGGGCUGCAUGUAUCUCAAACAGGAAGUGCAUAUAUAGAAUAAAAAUUGACCCCAAAACAGACCCCUGUGGUAGUGCCAAACUAACUUGGAUAAGCUAAACUUCUUGGCCUCAACUUCAGCUGAUUGAUGGAGAUCCAUCAGUUUGUUUGCUGACAUAUGGGCUAUUAGCAGAGAUCUUAUUGCGCCGAACUCUGCCAAAAAGGAGUAAUUAUCAUGGGCGCCAUUCGAGCAAGCGAUACGUCUGCGCAGUGGACGUCAAUGCUCAGGCGCGCGCGCGUACCAAGUGCGCUUGCCUGGCGUGGCGCCCGUGCAUUAACGUCCAUGCACUGCGCAGGUGCAUCGCUUGCUCGAAUGGCGAUCAGGCGAUUACAACUAUUGAUCUCCAUUACGAAGAGAGAUCAAUCCAGUUCGUAAGUGACUUCGUCACAAAGCUCCCAUUGGUGAAUCGCUAAAGUUGCGCGUUAACUUCCAGUUCCAUGUUUCCAUGUAAACGGCGAUUAAUGCAUGUAACUCUAUGGGCAGUGCAUGUGCAGUGAGUGUGGUUUAAACAGGAGUGACGUCACACAUACGAACCGGAUAAUGCUAGUACUCAUGGAGAUCAGUGAUUUUACGCGUUUUACGCAUAAUUUACGGUGAAGUUCUCCUCCUUCCACUGCUACGCUAUCUUUGGCUGUUAGUUUCGAGUAGACAGUUGUCUCAAUAAUCUUUCCCAGAAAUUACAGGUUAGAAACUGGGCUGUAAUUGCUGAGGGUGUACUUGUAAAAGAUGGUUUUACCAAGAAUGGUUUGAUAAUGGCCUCGCGAGCUUCUUUGGGAAUUUAAGGUCAGAACUGGGAGGAUUGGUGUGAUGUUUCCUUAAAAGUCAUGUUGUUAAGGGUGUGGAUCAAGAUUACAUGAUUUUUGGGAAAGCCCUGGGUAA